AUGAUGGGUCGAAAUCAAAUAGGAUCUGAACUGGUUACAUCGAAUUCUCAACAGACGUCAACUGAUCGAUCAACUUUAUUAAGCAAAUGUUUAAAAAAAAAGAAAUUUUUAUGGAUUACUAUUGGUAUUAUCGUUGUUAUUUUGAUUGUAACUAUUCCAAUCGUGAUUAUUAAAUCAAAACCAGCAGACAUAACAAAACUAUCAAAUGUAAUAACAGAAACAACAAACGUGAUAAACCUAUCAACUGUGACAAAAAAAACAACAAUGAUAAGAAAACAACCAACUGUUAUAACAAAAGCAACGAUUCAAAAAUCUAGAACAACAACAACAUAUAACCCAACGACAGAAGUACAAAGCAAGCCAAAAUCUGACAAAUGGAAACAACAUGGAAUUACUGUUGCUGGAAAAGGUGGACAAGGAAAUAGCUUAAGUCAACUCUCUGUCCCCCAGGGGAUGUAUAUUGAUGAUGAUGAAAGCAUUUUGAUUGCUGAUACUGGAAAUCAUCGUAUUGUUAAAUGGAAAGAUGAUCCUAACAAUGGUCAAGUCAUUGUAGGUGGAAUGGGAGUGGGUGACAGACAGGAUCAGCUCAGCGUACCAUUCGACGUAACUGUUGACAAACAAAAGAAUGCGAUAAUCAUAUGUGAUCAUGGAAAUCGACGAGUGAUGCGAUUAUUCCGUCAAAGUCAAACAAAUCCACAAAUUAUCAUUUCUGAUAUUGCAUGUGGCGGUAUGGCGAUGGACAAAAAUGGAUCUCUUUAUGUUUCUGAUAUGUACAAGGCUGAAGUGAUACGAUGGAAAGAAGGAGAUACAUAUGGAACAAUAGUUGCAGGUGGAAAUAGCCAAGGAAAUCAUUCCAAUCAACUCUAUCGACCUCAUCAUAUCUUUGUCGAUGAAGAUUAUUCUGUUUAUGUAGCGGAUACUCUUAAUCAUCGUGUAAUGAAAUGGACAAAAGAUGCAAAAAAAGGAAUUCUUGUCGCUGGUGGAAAUGGACAUGGAAAUCGUCUCGAUCAAUUCUCUGGUCCUUAUGCAGUGAUUGUUGAUAAUUCGGGUCAAAUCAUUAUUGCAGAUCAUGACAAUCAUCGAAUAAUUCAAUGGUAUGAAGGGAACGCACAAGGUUCAAUUGUUGUUGGUGGAAAUGGUCAAGGCGACAGAUCAAAUCAAUUAAAUUAUCUCAAGGGUCUCUCAUUUGAUGUUGAAGGAAAUCUUUAUGUUGUUGAUUCUCAUAAUCAUCGAAUUCAAAAAUAUGAACUAAGUACGGAAUAA